UUUCAAAUGUCAUAAUGUCAAUGUGACAUUUUCUAGUGCCGUUAAUUUUUUAAUCGUAAUAAUUAAUUGAAAUUUGUUGAAAAUAUUAAUCAAUUAUGAGUUUUAAUAUAGAAGUGAGAAAAAAGCAGUUGAAUAGUUUAAACCAAUACAUUAAUUCAACCAAAGAUAAAAUCGAUUCAGUUCUAAAUUACUUAGGAUGGACUGCCAAAUCAGUCCUGGAUGCUUCUGAUAGUAUUAGCUGCCCUUUAAACAGAAAACAUAUAAUGCCAAUUGAAAAAAUUGAGGAACAUGUCAAAAAAUGUAGCCUUAUAUCUGCUGGUUACAAAACUAAUGAAGACUUCUUGUCAGAAACUCCAGAACCUUCCUCGUCUUUAAUUUCAUUAGAUCUAUCUAAAAAAAUGGAAAUAUUUAAUGAAGCCCAGCGGCAAAACUCAAAGUUUAAAUCAGUGUGGAAUCAAAUUGAUGCAGAUCCAAAAACGAGUGAUAGACUUCUAUCAACAUAUUCACCUGAUGAAAGGUUAGCAAUUUAUGAUUAUUGUGUACAAAGUACACAAGGUCCACCAGUACCAGAAGAAAUUAGUAUGAGCAUUAAAGAAUCAAACAGAAAAGAAGAUACAACACCCACUGAAGAGGAGGCAUUAAAAAAACAACGUGAUGCCAAACGACGCCCAGUUAAAUAUAAAUCUGUACAUACCAGCCGCAACAAAAGUUAUAUAGAAGUUAUGAGGGAAGUUAUUCAAAAUCAAACAGAUAUGUACAAGGAUUAUUUAAUUGAAAAGCAAAAAGAAGAAGAGGCAAUUGAGCGUAAAAGACAACAGGAAUUAUUAGAGAAGGCUGAAAAGUAUGAGCAAUUUCCGCACAUUGAUAGUAGGGUAGUAUAUGAUUAUGGACUUGAUCCAUACGAAAUUGAAAAUUCAAUUAACGGUAAUGUUAGCGUUAAUGUAACGUAUGAUUACAGUGUAGAAUUACCGAUUAAGAUAGAAAAUGAUGAUGAAAAGCAUGAGUCGCAUAUGUAUAAUUGUGAUGGAUUAAGUAAUGAAGCAAGAAGUGGUUAUAAAUCUUCCAAUGGGAGCUCUUAUCGCGAUAAAUAUAGCCGAAGGAGUAGAGAUAGAGAUAAAGAUCAUAAAAGAAGACAUGAACGAAGAAGUAGGGAAAGAAAGAAAAGGGACUUUUAUCCUAGGCGACGAAGUCGGGAAGAUAGAAGGGAAAUUUAUGUAAGAUCUGAGAAAAAAUAUUAGUUACGGUUUUGACUAAAAGAUAAUAAAUUAUUUUUAGUACUUUUUUAGUUAAUUUAAUAAAAGAAAUGCAUAAGUAAA